UUGUAUAAGAUUGUGUUUCAGUGAUUUUAUUAAGAUAAUGUGUCAUCAGUUUUGCAAUUCCGUAAGUGAAUAAAAUUUAAAAGACUUUACUAAUUAAGACAAGACAUUACUGUCGAAAAAUAUCAAAUUUAAACCAAGCCGUACUGUGAUAAGAAAAUGAACUUGGCAGUUGAUUAAAGUGGUAGACAAGAUGAAUGAGACUCUAGGACGCGGGUACGCCCGCAUUGACGCUAUCAGAGCGGCACGGGGGGAACCCCUCACCGCCAUGCCCGAACCCACGGGACCUCCUCCUGACAGAUACAAUUCCGUAUACGUCACACUCUUCGUCGCGGGGACUGCAUUCCUCUUGCCUUUCAAUAGUUUCAUAAUGGCCGUGGACUACUUCCAGCAUCAUUACCCGAAUACGACGAUAAUGUUCGACAUGUCAACGGUGUACAUCACGUCCGCCUGUGUCGCCGUCGUCAUCAACAACCUUAUGCUAGACCUCUUUACCUACAACACCAGGAUUACAUUCGGUAUAUUACUAUCGCUAGCUACGAUGCUCUUCGUGGCAAUCUGCAACAUCGGGUGGGAUGGGUUCUCUACCAACGUGUCGUACACAAUCAACUUGGUCGCAAUCGGCGUGGUGGCGUUUGGCUGCACGGUACAGCAGGCCUCGUACUACGGUUUUACCGGCUGUCUACCUCCUAGGUACACGCAGGCCGUGAUGGCUGGGGAAAGCGCUGCUGGAUUUUGGGUAUCUAUUGACCGGAUUAUAACUAAGUAUGGAUUCAGACAACCACGACGGAGCACCUUCAUGUUUUUUGUGUUUUCUAUUCUGAUCUUACUGGGUCAUUCGAUGCUGCAUCACGUGAUGAUGCGUCAUCCGCUGGUGCAGUACUAUCUUAGAUUGACGAACGAAUCUCGACAUAGAAGACGUAUUCAGCUGCAUUUAAAUCCUAAUGAAGACGCUACAUUGAUGGAGAGCGAAUCAGGGGAUGGUGCUUUCGGUGUGUUAAAACUGCAGAGUCCAGCCCUUUCCAAUACGGGGACAGUGGAUGGUGAGAAUACAUUUAGCUUCGCGAACCCGUUGUACUCUCCGACGGCUACCAUUCCUGUGACGUCAGCGCCGCUCGCGUCCCCGCCGCCAAGCGUGUCGGAGGCGUCGCCUGCGUUGCGCACACCACGACCAUCCUAUAAGGUUGAAGACGUUGUCGUCGAGUCACCUGAACGACCGGCUUCUUGGAGAAGCUUGAAACGUGGAGUGCUUGCUAGGUGGGCAGUGGCGCGCGCGAUCUAUCCCUACAUGGUGUCAAUCGGUCUGGUCUACUUUACCACGCUGAGCCUCUACCCUGGCAUCGCCUCAGAGGUGCCCUCUUGUCGCCUCGGUUCCUGGAUGCCGAUUAUCCUCAUGUCUGCGUUUAAUUCAUUCGACUUUAUUGGCAAGAUAGCUGCCGCGUGGCCUUACGAAUGGAGUCGCAGCCAGCUGCUAAUGGCGAGCGGACUUAGGUUACUGCUUGUGCCACUGAUGCUACUUUGCGCCGCGCCGCGACACUCGCCGCAUAUUGUUGGUGACAUGUAUCCUAUCUUGUUCUCCGUGGUUCUUGGCUUCACUAAUGGUCUGUUUGGUUCAGUACCGAUGAUUCUAGCGCCAUCUCGUGUAGGUCGAGAACAUCGGGAAAUAGCCGGUAACAUGAUGACGUUAUCCUACAACGGAGGGUUACUGUCCGGUUCGCUAGUUUCGUACUUGUUACUGAGCAUGUUGGGGCCGCCAGCUGGCGCCCCCUGCCGGACAUACCCCACACCUCCACUGCCGACACUGCCACCACUAACUACCUCUGCACCUAACGUCACGUAUAUACUAUCUGCAUUGCACUGA